AUGAGAAGAAGAUUUUUCCUACUCUUCUUAUUUUUUUUAUUCGCGAACUGUUUGGAUUAUGAGAUCAAGGAUGGGAAAGCUGUUUUUGAUGUUUUCGAUGAUGGUAUGUUGAGAAACUAGAUUUAAUUUUGGAAAUGUUAGAAAUGAGAUGUGGAUUUUAUAGGUCACGUAAAACACGUAUUUAUUAAUUUAUUUUUUCCAGACACUUCGAUAAAUGACAUCCAAAGAGAUUGGAACAAUCAAAUCGAAAUCGAUCUCAAAUGCGGUGUCAAUAAUCUUCGUAUAUCAAAUGAUGUUUUGAUGUCAUCAAGAAUUCAGAAAGUUUACAAUUGUGAAAUUGAAUCGAUUUAUAUUGUGGCCCUUUUCUCGAACUCCAGUUAUGUUCCAAUUGAGUCAGUCAAUAAUGGAGAUUUGGUUUCAUUGGUUAUUGCAACGAAAUACAAACCGUGUGAUACUAAUCCUGAUAAAUGUGACUCGAAUCUUGAAUGGAUUCGAAUGGGAGAUUCUGAAGUUGCAAAUGUUGAAGAUGGAAAAUGUGAAAGUGGAGUGAUAAUUGAAACAAAUGGAAAGACACAGUGCAAACGGGAGAAAAUUCAAAAAAGUGAAUAUUAUAUAAUUGACAAGACUAAUUAUGAUUAUUAUGAUGGACAAGUUUUGCAGGUUAAAAUUCAUUUUGGUUCUACUUACAGUAACAAUAUUUUCCAGGGUUUUGAAGUGCGAAAUUAUGAAAUUCAAAAAACUGAAGUGACAUUGGAGCGGACUAGAAAGAAGCGUGCAACUUUGGAGAAUAAUCGAUGUGAUUAUACAUUGGAUACAACAACAACAUCUACGACGACGACGACAAAAACAACUAGUAAGUUUUGGGGGGAAAAUUGGAAUUUAGAAAUUCCGAGAGCCACAGGUUAAUUUUGGAAAGGGAACAUCAUCGCAAUUUUUUAUGGUAUAGUUACCGUAUCCGGACUGCAAAAUAUUUCGAGUUUGGUCAUUGUAAAAUCGAGUAUUUUGCAGUUCUGGUUACGGUAAGCUUGAAGUUAUUUUGUCUUGGGUUUUGCAGUUCGAAGUACUGUACCUUCUAGACAAAAUAAUUAUUGGGUUUUGCAGUUAGGAGUACUGUACCUUCUAGAAUCUUGUAGUUCUUCAGUUUGUCAAAGAUUUCUGGUAGAAUUUUGCAGCCCGGUUACUGUAGCUCAAUAUGUUUUUCGAGAUUUUUUGGAAUUCUGGUUUUGGGGAUCAACAUGAAGCCAACCAAAAACAAAAUUCCGAAUUGACUUUCCUGAACUAGGCUUCCUGAUCUUUUCGAAAACCACACCAUCUUCACUUUUCCGUUUUUUCACUUUCACAAAUUUGAGUUUUCUAUUUUUUUUUGAGUUCUAAUCACAUUUAGCUAAAACCACAACCACGAAAGCCACAACUACAAAAGCCACAACCACUACCACUGUUCCUACAACUACUCAAGAAGUCGCAACUACUACUUUGGUUGAUAAUGAAGAUGACACAACUCUAAAAGCUACCACAGUUGCCGAAUCGACUGCAAAAGGUUCAUCGUAAUUUCAGUUUUUUGUCACUCAAAGAUUUUUUUUUAGAAUCUGCAACAACAUUUGAAGAUACUCCUAUUGCUCAAAGUAUUUUUAUUUUUUUGAGUUUUAGAAUUAGAUUUUUUGUUUAGCCUCAACUUCAGUGCCAACAACUACGGAAAUAGAAGCAACUGCUGCUAUACAAACUACAUCUCCUGCAGAAACUACAGAAGCUGCUCAAGCUACAACUUCUGCACAAAUUGCUGCGCAAACCACAGCUGCUGCAGAAACUACAGUUGCUGCUGUAACUACAGUACCUGCAGAAACUACACUUUCAGUUCAAACCACAACCACAAUCACACCUACCACUAAAGUUGUCACAACUCAAAAGGCAACAACACAAACCACUACAAGUAAUUGCAAUCUGUGUAGAUUCCCAAUGUGAUAUAUAUGUUUUCUAGUAGUUACUGAUUAUGAUUUCGGGGGAAUGAUUUAUGACGUGGCGUUUGAAACAUCUAACCUUGCUUCGUCAUAGCUUAAAUCAAACAAACAAAAAUCCUAAUAAUCAUUUUUUAGCAACAGUUUCGCCUGAUGGAAUUUGCUCAUAUUUGGAUGUCACCACAACAACUCUUACAACAACUGGUACUGUAUCACAAUUUUGAUUAGAGCCGUGGAAGAGAACACCAAACUACAGUAACCUUCGCGACUGAUUUUGGUUUUCUAGGCCGUAUCGGUUCUCUUCCAAGGGCCGCAAACUGAAUGGCAAAUUUUUGAAGUUUCCAAAAAUCGAAUAGAAUUUCCAGAUUUUUCAGAUUUUAAUGAAAUCUUUGCCACGUCAUAACUUCGCGAUUCGAAAAUUACUAGAAAACAUAUAUUCCAUUGGAAAUCCCAUCCUAUAAAUCCAACAGUAAUCAUAAUUUUUCAGCAACUCCAACAACAACUACAGAAGUUCCAACAAGUAAGUUGUACCAUAAAAAAAUCGGAAAAACCCGAACCCUUGAUUUUCAGCAACACUUUCACCCGAUGCAAUUUGUUCAUAUUUGGAUAUCACCACAACAACUCUCACAACCACAAUUGGUACUGUAUCACAAUUUUGGGCAUAAUUUCAUGUGGGACCUUCCUUUUUGGUGAACAUAUUUCAUUGAUAAAUCGUUGAAGAGAAUGAAAUUAUGAAUUUUGAAUUUCAGAAAAAUUUAGAAAUGAAGUAUGUUCACCAGCCCUAAUAGAAUAGAAUUCUGAGAUGAGGGAAAACCAGAUCUUGGUCUGAAAAAUGAGAUUUGGCCUAAAUGGCCCCAUUCUGAAAAUGAUCUAUUUCUAGCAACCACAACAACACCCACGACAACAACUGUAACCACGACGUUACCAACCACAUCCACAUCUACUAGCACAUCAACGUCUACCUCAACGUCUACAUCUACGUCAACAUCUACGUCCACGUCUACAUCCACAUCGACACCCACAACCACAUCUACCAAAACUUCAACCUCAACGCCAACAUCUACAGUCACAUCUACAUCGAGCUCUACCUCGACCUCGACCACUUCGCCAUCAACAACUUCGUCGUCUUCUUCGAUCACAACAUCGACGCCAACUUCAACCACAACAUUAUUGACCUCGACUUCUUCACCAUCUACAACUUCUUUGGGUUCAUCAACAUCGACGACCUCGACAACAUCUCUAGCGAGUACAUCGACGUUGGGAACUUCGAGUAUCAAAACGACAGAAUCUCCAACUACAACAAAAGAAUCUAGCACUAUCGAAUCAACCACUGAACUAAAAUCAACAACAGAAGUCGUCACAACAUCGACGUUUGACUUCACUCUAGAUGGGAUGGAUUGGAAUGUUACGAAAAUAUAUUCAACUGAUGCCAUAAACAUUAUUCCUGUAUCUUCUACAGGUUCUACGAUGGUAAACAAUUUAUUUCUUUUUGCAACCUAAAAGCUCUUUUUUUUCAGACUAUGAGCUAUCAAUGUCGAUCUGAUUCUUCGUCUGAAUACAUCACUGCAAAAUCUUCAACUUGUUUCAAAACCGAUUCGAGUCUUGUCAAAGCCUUGAGUUUCACCAAGACUGUUGAGUUUGAUCCAGCUUCAUCGGGUUUUGUUGGUGUUGGAACAUAUGAAAUUCUUAUCAAUGCUACUGAAAGAGAUACUGGCAGAACAGCAUCGCAUCUUCUAACUGUCAAUUUGAUUGAAGAAUCAACAACAACAUCGUCGACUUCAACGCAAACCAGUUCCGAAGCGACGACUUCGACAACAAGUUCAGAAGGAACUUCAGAAGAAAGUUCAAGUACAAUCGAAUCUACGAGUUCGUUAUCAACAACUUCGGAGAAUGCUGAAUCAACGACAUCAAAUUUAAUCUAUGAUUUCACUUUGGAUGGUCUUAGUUGGGAUGUGACUAUUAAUUUAUCAGAUGAAACUUUCACAAUUGAUCCAGUUCCAAACAAAGAUAUCUCAUAUGUAGGUUUGGGCUUUGAGGGCUUUAGAGGCUUCUACUUUCAAGAAUUUCUCGAAAGUCCCUGAAACUUCAUCAAAGAAUUUUGAGCUUCCAAAAAAUCAAAACCCUCUAUUUUCCAGAGAACGAUGAGCUAUGAAUGUCGAACAAGUUCGACUGAUGAAUUUGUUUCCGCAAAAUCUUCAUCCUGUUUCCUAUCCGAUAAUUCAUUGAUAAAAGCAAUCUCAUUCACAAGUUCUGUAACCUUGUCACCUGUUUCGUCGGGUUUUUCUGGCGUUGGAACGUACGAAAUUCGAAUAAAUUUGACAGAUACUAUUACAAAUGAACUUGCUUCACAUAUCUUGACUGUUACUGUAAUUGAAACAACAUCGACAAGUUCAUCCUCAACUUCCGCUUCUACAACUUCUGAAUAUAUUUCCUCUUCAACAAUUCUCACAACAUCCAGUCAAACUUCAACUUCAGCUUCAUCUUCUUCCACCUCAACAACAGGAAGAUCUGAAAUUGCAACCGAAUCAUCCGAAUCUACAACAACAUUUCUUAUCUAUGAUUUCUAUUUGGAAGAUAUUGAUGGCUGGAGUCAAACAAUUUCUCUAUAUGACGCUACUUUUGUUCUGCAACCAGUUCCCAACAAAGAUAUUUAUUAUGUGAGUUGAGAUUUGAAAAAUAAUAAUUCCAGACAAUUUAUUUUCAGAGAAGUAUUUCAUUUGAGUGUCGAAGUGAUUCAACAUCAGCAUUUGUUUCAGCGAAACAAGCAACUAAUUGUUUCAAAUUCGGUUUGUUUUGAAAAAUGCAUAAUUUUUUCAUUAAAAAAAAAAUUUCAGAAACCGCAGCCAUGAAAAGUUUGACAUUCACCACAACUAUAAGUAUGUCUCCAGUUGCAACUGGAUUUGUUGGUGUUGGAAUUUAUGAGAUUCGGAUAAAUAUGACAGAUACGGUCACGAAUGAAUUUGCCAGUCAUAUUUUUACAUUGACGGUUACGGAUACAACAACAUCUACAACUUCGAAAACUGGAUUGAGCUCAACAAGUUCUGGAAGUAAGUUCAGGGCUUAGAUUCGAGGUUCGAGCGAGGUUUCCUAAUUCUAUUUUCAGAUUCCAAUUCCGACGCCGCUUCAAAUUCAAAUGCAUCGGGAUCCGGUUCAACAUCAUCUGGUUCUAGUUCGAACUCAAAUUCUGGUAGUUCUUCUGGCUCUGGAAGCUCAAGUGAUACUUCUGGCGCUUCUACAAGUUCGGGCUCGAAAUCCAGUACAACCACAACUUCAAAAGUCUCAUCUUCGACUGCAACUACUAAAAGUUCUACUAGUUCAAAAUCGGGAUCAGAUUCUUCUAGUUCGGGUUCGGGUUCGGGCUCCGGUUCAGAUUCAGAUUCAAAUUCAAAUUCAAGCUCCGGUUCAGAUUCAAGCUCAAGCCCCGGUUCAGAUUCAAAUUCAAGCUCUGGUUCUGGUACCGGCUCUGGCUCAGAUGGAAGUUCAGGAACGAAAUCUACGAGUUCAUCAGGUUCGGGUUCGGGUUCAGGUUCAGAUUCUGAAUCUGGAUCGGGAUCGGGAUCGGGAACAGGAUCUGGAAGUGGAAGUGCAACUGGCUCAACAAGUUCUGGAACCAAUUCCGGAAGCGGCUCAGGCGACUCCGGCUCAGGAUCUUCGACAAAUUCAGCGAAUUCUGGAACUGGGAAUUCUCAAAGCUCUACAACUUCGGGACCAUCAACCACUAAAACUUUGGUAGAUUAAUUUUCUCACCGCCAGAAGUCUAACAUAAAAUUUUCAGAUCCCACUUUCCACCCAAACUCCAUUGACAUCAGAAGAACAGGCAGCAAUUGACAGCGAAAAAGCAAAAACUGAUUCAACUAUCGAAGCUAUCUUCAAUUCAUCAAGUUCAAUAACAGCAAUGAAUACAUCUAGCGCAUUAUUGAAUGCGAUCUCAACAUUAUCAGCUUCAGAACUUGCCGAAGUUGCACAAAGUAUCAUUGCUGGAACACUCACAGUUUCAGAUAGUAAUGGUUUAACAAGUGCUGAAGUUUUACAGUCCCUUCAGGAUAAUAUCGCAGAGACGAAUUCUGAAUUGGCUUCUCAAUUGACUAGUGUAAUUCAGAAAUUGGCUUCAACAAAUAUGACAUCAGCAAGUUCGAUGAAUUCUGUUUUAUCAAGUUUGAGUUUAGCAUUAGCUGGGAGUACUGUAUAUACACUUGGAGUUAGUAGUACGGUUAGUUUUGAAGUUUGAAAAAAUCGAAGAUUCUGAAAUUCAGGGAUCUACUGAUGGAAGUUACAAUGUUAUUUAUGGUUAUCUUCAAUCAUCUGGUUAUACAAUUGUUUCUCCUCGUUCAACUUUAAGUGUUUAUGGAUCAACGGUUUAUUUGACAGGAGAUACACGUGGAAGUUAUCUGCAAGAAGAUUCAGAUACUUUUAAAACCGAUGAUUUGACAACAACAAUUGGAGCAACUGGAAUAUAUAAUAGUAUGGCAAGAACAGCUCAAAUUGAAGAUGGAACAGUUAUUGAAAGUGAUGAUUUAUUAAAUGAAAAGGUAGUGGCUAUACUUUCUGGAGCUGCAACUGUUUCUGGAGGGGAAUAUUCUUAUGAUACAAUGUAUACGAAUGCGUGGAACAUUUCAUAUGAUCAAUAUGGACUUGGCGAAACUUCACAAAUCAAUACAUCAAUUUCAUUUUGGAUACCAGUUACAUCGGCGAAAUUAUCGAUGAGUAUAGUUACGGGAACUUUGCUUAAAUUGCAAGCAACGAAAUCAAUGGACGCAACAGCUUUCGAAUAUGCCGCAACUUAUGGGGGAAUUAGCUAUACAAUAUCUGCGGGAAAAGGAACUGCAAGAUUUAUUGAUGUUACUACUACUAAUUGUAUUUUUAUGUAUGAUUCGACUAGUUUUAAUGUUACUGCGUCAGAUGGAUCUUCGACAACAUCGUUUGGAGCAAUGCUUCAGAGUCCAUUGAUUAUAGAGAGUUGGUUGAACUAAUUUUGGGGGAAACUUUGGGAAAAAAUUUAAUUUUUAGAUAUUGAUGCUGCUCUUUUCAAUACAACAUUGGCUACAAGUCCUCUCACAUUCACAAAAUAUGGUUCUAAUUCAAUGAGAACUGUUUUAACACCAACCGAUAUUAGUUUACCACAAAUUUCUACAAUUGCUGCGAGUAUUUCAAUUUCAACAUUUCAACCAACAAAUUCUUAUUCAUCUUCAUCUGAUCUACAAUCAGCAAUUGAUGAUGGAGUAUUGGUAGAAGUAUCUGGUCAAAUAUUAUUCCCAUCAAGUUCUUCGAUUGAUGUCACUGGAUAUAAAUUAACUAUUGAUUCAAAUGCGGCAUAUUUUACAACAAGUUCCGCAACUGUUGUUAUCAAUUCACCAUCCUAUAAAAUUGUUUCAUUGGCUCUUGGAGGAUACGGUAUUCAAAUUACGGCUGGAACUUAUACGGCUGGAACUUUGACACAUGUCACGUGAGUUAUCCAGAAGAAACUAAAAGACUUUUUGAAUUUUUUGCAGGACGGUUAUGGAGUUUUCUGAUACCCAAAAAAUGAGAAUUGAUGGUGGAAUUGUAAUUCGAAAUGGAUCACAUGGUUAUGUUAUUCAAAAUGGAGAAAUAACAACGGAAGGAGAAGUUAGUGGAACUAAAAUAGGUACGAAGCUCUUCCCAUUUUUGCUCAAGCCAUAAAUAAGUUUAUUUAGAUAUUGUUGCUCAAAGUUUGUUGAAUCAAGACUCUCAAAAAUUGAUUGGAACUGUUCUGAACAACAGUCAAACAUAUUUGGAAGAAAAUGGAUUGACAAUGACAGACUCGGAAAUAAAUCAGACAGCAACUAGUUUAUUAUCAAUUGCAUCGUCUUUGACAAGCUCAUUAGUCACUGCGUUGAAUAAUCCACUUUCUUCUGAUUUGGCCAGUAAUUUGGCAUACGCAACAAAUAAUUAUGAUGAUCUUUAUAAUGUUCUACCAAGUGAUCCAGAUAAUAUUGUUUAUGUUGAAGAAAUGACAUCUGAAGAAUGGGCGAGUUAUGUGACAUCAAUGAUGCAGAAAAGUAUUGCGAAAAGUCUUGCGACACAACUCGCUUCAACUCUUGACACAUUGGAAGAUACACUUGCAGCAAGAGCGAUUGCGCAGGGAAAUCUACCGUAUACUUAUUCGGUUAGUUUCUAGAGUCUGGAUAACAGGAAAAAACGUGUUUUUUUCAGAAACAAGAAGAUGGAGCAGGAAUGAGUAUUUCAAUUGAUAAAGCAUCUAAUUUAGUUGAUGUUCCACAGACUUGUGAUGAAUGGAUUGUGACACUUCCAUCACCGGUUUCUUCUUUGAAUAAUGCGAAUAUCACAGACAGCACUUAUAUUCAAAUUGGAAUGGUUUGCUAUCAAACAAAUCCGAGAGCCUAUGUUGAUAAUUUUGAUCUUCUAAUAACUUCUGGAGCUGUUGAAGCGCAUGUUAAAGAUGUUAAUCAGAAUUUGUUGACGUAUGUUUUAGCUGAAAAUUAUUUCUUUUAAGCAUGGCUUUCAGAAUCAAUGACACUUCAAAAUCGAUAAAAAUCAGUGGACGAGCAUCGAAUGAUUCGGCUGAACCAACAAUUAUGCAACAAAGUACUUUUGAAAGUUAUCAGAUUUUGGAUCUGCACUCAUUCCAAACAUCGAAUUGGAAUAAUUCUAUUCAGAUUCAAUUUGUGGCCUCUGAAGACUAUGUGAUUCCAGCAGAUGAUGAUUCGUAUAUUUUCUCCUCUUAUCAAGGAUUACCUGGACCUUAUGAGUUGGAUAAUGAGUGGAUGUUUAAUUUGAAAACUUUGAAUGGUAAGUAAUCUUGAUUGUUUUACAGUAAUUUGAUCUUUCUUUUCUUUUUCAGUUACCACAACAUAUUAUAUUUCUGCGAGUGAUUUGUUGAAUAGCACUGGUCUAUUCUAUGUUGGAGUUGGAAAGCGAUUAGAUACAACAAAUUCUUCUUUGGUCGUUGAUUAUGGAAAAUAUAAAAAUGAGCAAUGGUCAUUUGACAAAGAAAUGGAAAUGGAUUAUUCAAUUACUGCUAUUUCAAAAGGAUGUUAUUUUUAUAAAACUGAAAGUGAUGAAUUCAAUUCGGAAGGAAUGGAACCAGAUCAAACAGAGAGUUUUCAACUUGUGAAUUGCUCGUCAAAUCAUUUGACUUUGUUUUCGAUUGGAAGUUUUAAUCCAACUAUUCCAGCUGAUUUUACAUAUACUUAUUCGCUUCUUAAUGUUGAGGUAUUUAUUGCGGGAAGGGAAGAGAUGUAGAAAAAUUUAAAUUUUUCAGAAAAACAUUCGAGCGAUGAUGACAGCUAUUUUCCUCCUGAUUUUGUAUUGUUGUAUAAUGCUAGUUGAUAUGUUAGCAGAGAGAAAGGAUUUAUCAAAAGGUCGACUUCGUUUUCUAUCCGAUAAUGAGCCAUACGAUGGAUAUAUGUAUAUUAUUGUAGUUGAAACUGGAUAUCGAAUGUUUGCAACAACUGACAGUAGUAUUUCUUUUAAUCUAACUGGUUCAGAUGGUGAUGAAAUAUUCCGAUCUUUUAAAUCUGAUGAAGAUCGAAUUUAUGAAUAUCCUUUUACUUGGGGAACUGCUUCCAGAUUUUUAAUGACAACUUCUUUGUUAGUUUUAUUUUUUUUAUAUUUGUGAAGAGUUUCUGAAAUUUUUCAGCCCGUUGGGAGAACUGGAAUAUAUGAGAGUUUGGAUCGAAGAUGCAGGUCUAGAACAUCGUGAAUCCUGGUACUGUAAUCGAAUAAUUGUGAAAGAUUUGCAAACCCAAAAGAUCACCUAUUUCCCGUUUUAUAAUUGGUUAGGCACAAAAAAUGGAGAUGGAGAGGUUUGAAAGAUCAAAAAAAUAAAUUCAAAAAUGAAAUAAAAUUUUCCAGACAGAAAGAUUGUCACGAGCCGAUCCGAAGCGAAGAAUGUUUGAUGAAUCAAUGAGUAUGCAUAUGCUUGGCGAAACUAUUUCAUGGUUUUCGGCUUUUACUGGAGGUGGAAAUCGAACACGAUCAAGAGUUUGUCGAUAUGAAUAUUCAACAUCGAUUAUCUCCGCGUUGACAUUGACCAAUAUGAUCAAUGUUAUUAUUUGUAGAACUGUAAGGCUAAAAUUAAAGAGUCUUAUCAUUUCUUAAACUAUUUAUUUUCAGUGGGCUACAGAAACUGAAGCGACUAGCAAAUUCUCGGAUUUGACUUUGAGUGGAAUUGAUGUGAGUUUAAGACUUUCCGAAUUUGUUCUCGGAAUUUUAGGUUCCAAAAAAAUUUCCGGGAUCCAAUUUUCCAGAACUAUUCCGCAAACUUUUUUUUCAGAUUGGAAUGGGAUUUGUUUAUGGAAUUCUCACAACUUUGAUCGCUCUCAUCCAUAUUUUAAUCGCCAAAAAAUCCCAUUCUGGAUUCGAGGAAAAGUUCUUGGAAAAAUAUCGGAAAAAGGACGAAACUUUCAGUGAUCCUGAAAAAUCCUGGUCGAAUUUCGUUGUUUUCAUCUCUCGAUCAAUUUGUAUCACAUUAAUUCUUGCUGGAAAUAUUGUCAUAAUUACGGUAACAUUUCAGGGAGGAACUUUUGUAGUCAACGAAAAAAAAAAUCUUUUCAGCUGGGAAUGAGUUUGUCAGCCGACGCUGUUAAUUCAUUUUUCAAUCGAUUUUUGAUUGGAUUAAUUCUUUGGGUUUUUGUUUUCGAGCCGAUUAAGGGAAUUAUAAUGGCUUUUAUUAUUAUGAAAACAAAUGAGAAUCAUAAAAUAGCCAACAAAUUGGAGGAGAAAUUUUUGCAAAUUAAACCACUUGAAGCAUUCAAAAGUGAGUUUUUUUGAAAGAGGGGGGAGUUAAGCUAAGUUAAACGGAAAAUACUAUUAAAAGAGAAGACGAUCGAUUUGAAAUUCUGCACAAAAUUAUAUACAAUUUUUAUGAAACGUAUUUUUUUGGGGUUUAAAGAAACCGAAAUAAAAACUUUGAAAAUUCAGAAAAUCCCUAUGGAAGAGCUGAGAAGAACAUUGGAAACGAGAUAGCAGAUGUUACAAAACUUCAAGACACAGAAGAUCGAAAAAUGCGAGAUGAACAAUUAUUCACAACAAUUCGCGAUAUAAUUUGCUUCUUCUUAUCACUUUAUAUAAUGGUUGCUCUAACAUAUUAUUGUAGAGAUCGACAAGCAUUUUAUUAUCAACAACAAAUGAGUGACACUUUGAAUAUUCCAAUGAAUCAAUAUGCGGAUGGAUCUUUUAUGGCAAUUCGAUCAGCUGAUGAUUUUUAUAGUUGGGCAAAUGAUUCGCUGUCUGUGGCUUUGCGAGCUACUUGGUAUGAUGGAAAUCCAGCUUAUGGAAUGAGAGCAUAUUUGAAUGAUAUGGUAUCGAGAAGUAUGGGAAUCGGAAAAAUCAGACAAAUUCGAACAAAGAAAUCAGCUGAAUGUGAAAUCGCAAAACAAUUUAGACCGUAUAUUAAUCAUUGUGGAAAAGAAGUUGAUGAUCACAACGAGGAAACUACUGAAUAUAUGGCACCUGGGUGGAUUGAUUAUAAUGGAAGUGAUACAUCGGAUGUUCAAGAUGGUUAUGCUUACGAAACACAAUCAGAAUUGAAUAGUGAACUUUUAUUAAAUUUGUUUCAUAAAAAAAUAAUAAAUUUUUCAGCUCAAACAGUAUCUGGAAUUCUAGCAUCUUAUAGUGGAGGAGGAUAUACAAUGAGUUUGUCUGGAACAACAAAAGAACUUCAGAGAGCCUUCCAAACUCUUCAAAAUAAUGGAUGGAUUGAUGAAUAUACGCGAGCAAUUAUUAUUGAAUUUUCACAAUAUAAUGCACAAAUCAAUUAUUUUUCAGUGGUUCAACUUUUGAUUGAAAUUCCAAGAUCUGGAAUAUAUCUGCCGAAUUCGUGGGUCGAAUCAGUUAGAUUGAUAAAGAGUGAGGGAGCUGAUGGUAGUGUUGUCAAAUAUUAUGAGGUAGCUUUUUAGAAUCUCAAACUGAAAUUGAGAUUCCAAAAAAAAUUCAAUUUUUUCAGUACAUGUAUAUAAUAUUCUCAUGUUUCCUGUUUUUGAAAGAAAUAUUCUAUUUUAUCUAUGGAAGAUAUAAAGCAAUCAAAAACACUCCAAAAUCAACAGGAAUUGUGAAAAAAGUUGGCAACUUUUUCUUCAAAGAUUUUUCGCCGUGGAAUUUGAUGGAUUUGAUAGUUGGAAUUUUAGCGAUUGCUUCAGUUGUUGCUUAUUUAUUGAGACAAGUUUAUACGAAUCAAGCAAUGGAAGAGUUCAAUGCGAAUAAUGGAAAUUCAUAUAUAAAUCUAUCGAAACAACGAAAUGUUGAACUUGCUUUCACAUAUUGUUUGGCUGGCGCAGUAUUCUUCACAUCUUGUAAAAUGAUACGAAUUUUGAAGUUCAACAGAAGAAUUGGUGUAUUAGCAGCAACAUUGGACAGUGCACUUGGUGCAAUUGUUUCAUUUGGUGUUGCAUUCUUCAUAUUUUGUUUUGCAUUUAAUGGAAUACUUUAUGUAUCAUUGGGAAAUAAGAUGAAUGGUUAUCGGAGUAUUAUAACGACAUUUGAGACAAGUUUGGCUGGAAUGCUUGGAAAAUUGGAUAUUACUUCGAUACAGGCUGUUAGCGAAUUUGGUGAGGUUUUUGAAAAUUUUGGCAAAUUUUGGAUAUUCAAUUUUUUAGUCAGAACUUACCGAAAUUUUAAAAUUUCAUAUUUUUGGGGAAUCCCUUCUAACUGUUUUUGACUUUUGCAAAUCGAUAUUUGAAGACAGAUAUUCCGAAGUUCCAAUACCUUUAUUUCAGCAUCGGUGGUUGAGAUGUUCUUCAUGAUGAUUGGUUCAAAACUCCUACUCCAAUUAUAUGUAACAAUUAUCAUGUUCGAAUUUGAAGAAAUCAGAAAUGAUAGUGAAAGACAAACAAAUGAUUAUGAAAUCCUGGAUCAUAUUCGUUACAAAACAAAAAGACGAUUAGGAUUGAUUCAACCAAAAGAUUCAAAUCCAGUUUCAAUUCAAGAUACUCAAAAAGAUUUCAGAUUGUUGAAUUCAGCCGUUGCAAAGGUUUCUAUUUCUAUUUUUUCUUGAAUUUUAUUUAAUAAUUUUUUUUCAAAGGUAAACCUUCUACAUCAUCGUGUCAAUAGAAUUGUUCAAGAAAAAGAUCAAUACGAAACUACAGUACCCGUCAAAUAUUGUGUGAUUUUUGAUCCAACAGAUGCAAUCGAUAAGAAAAGAGUUGAAGGAUACAGUGAAAAACUUCGUUUGAAAGAUCUCAAAAAUAAUUAAUUGGUAAAGGACCAAUAAAUAUUUAUGUUAACAACGUGACCUGUUUUUUAUACCGUGAACUGGAAAAAAAAAGAAAUUUGCUCAUUUCUAUCUUGGUUAUUUAUAAAAACUAAAAUCGAAUAAUAAUGUGUAAAAGUAAAAAAAUCUAGCAAAAACUCAAAAACUCAACCCGACAAAAAGCCUGAAGAAGUCAAGGAAAAUCAUGGAUCGAAAAAACGGUUGCUGGCACCGGAUCCUCUUCUUGAUUUGGAGAAAUAUUCACCAAAAACCGGAAAAAUCCUACGAAUUAUUGGACACAUUUUAUUUUUCAUAUUUCUAGUUGUUCUCUUCAUAUCGUGUACACCACUAUUCGAAUCAGUUUUGUUUCCAGAAACAUUUUUAUCGAAAUUUGAUGCGUUAUGUGAGUUGAAACAUCUAACAAUAACAUUUAAUUAUGAAAUGGGGGAAUACUUUCAGUGUGGCACAAACAACCAGAAUCAAAUGUCGAUUUAGUUCCGUAUUUGGAUGUUAAUCUUCAUUAUGAUGAUGUUGUUUUCAAUUUAAAGUGAGUGAAUUUCAGAGAACUUUCAGAAAAACAUCAAUUUUUCUUGAAGUUCAACUUAUUUUUUCAUAGACUCUACAAAACUAACCAAACUCCUCUUCACAAAAUUCAACAAAUCAUAUUUUACAUCGAUACUGGAGAAAUACCUCAUACAAGUUCUGAUUUCGUUUUAUGUAGACCAUCGUGUAAGUCCCCCACAGUUUUUUCUCAAUUACAAUCAACCCUCAAAUUUUCAGCCAAUAUUCAACCAUCGUUUCAAAAUUAUGUGAAAAUCGUGAAGUUAUGCUAUAUUUACAUUCGUCAAAUAGUUUGGAAAGCGAAAAUAAAAGGAUACGGUCGUGGAAUUGGAGCAAAGUAAGAAGAGUGAAGAAUUUUAGCUAAUGUAUGUAAAUAAUUAUUUUAUUUUUCAGUAUUCUAAUAUCGGCAGCGAAUUCACUUUGGAAUGAACAUUGUUAUUCAUUUGAUAGAAUCAUAAUUAACGAACCUAUAAUUGAAAUAGAAAAAGUGGUCAGAGAUAAAUUGUAUUAUUUUCCAUUUGUCAAUAUAAUUGAGCAAAAUAUAAUUCGAACUUUGCGAUUUCAAAAAUAUCAAUUUAUCAGUGAAGCUAAACAAAUCAAUUCGAAAAUUGAUGAUGUUAGUAGAUCUUCGGAAGAUUCGCAUUAUUUGGAACAACAAUUAAAACCAUAUGGAAAAUAUACAAGAAUUGAGCAUUUCGAUUUCGGGUAACUUUGAGAAAAUUUUUAUUUUAGCAUAACAAUCUGUAUUUUUUGCAGUUCGAAAGAUCAAAAUACGAAAAUAGAUGAAUGGUUGAGUUCGAGAUAUAAAAACGAAAAACAGUGUAUGAAAAAGAAAUCAGUGAAAAAUAUCGAUCCCAAAUUAUUCUGA